UUUACAAGUGAAAAUUGUAUGAAGAAAAAUAAAGUCGGCAUUCAGUAAUCAAUCCAGCAUUACAUAAAAUUGUGGCGUAAAACUGAGAGACCCUGAUUUCCGUCACAGGAGUUCAGGCCGGGUAUAUAGCCGGGUACUUGACCCCCGCCCCCACCUGAUGUCCCUCCGUGAGGUUGUUCGACUUUCGUUUUCUUGAAGACUUGUUAACUAUGAACGUUACAUUUGCAAAAUUACCGUUAGGAUAUUCACUCUGGGAACAGUCGUUUGCUAGUUUCGUUGUAUGUUGAUUUGAGUAAUUAUCUGUAAUAGCUAUGAUCUUUCUGAUUUUAAUUGUAUAUGGGCCUAAUGGUACAUCAGAUUUUAUAAUAAACCAUGAUUAGGAGUAACAGAGAUGUGGAAAACCUUUUUUAAGAGCUAUGUAUUCAGACUGAGGCAAAGUAAGCCGAAGAACUAAAAUACGUCACAAAAUACAAAUAAAACUAUUGUUUGAAAUAUAUAACUCGAUUGAUCAUUCUCCAUUUCCAUCUCUUUCUCGAAUCGUCUCUUUCCGUUGAGAAAUUUUAUCAGAUUCUAGUUUGCAUACGCACUAUGGGAUAUAUAGUUAUUUUCAGAAAUUGUAAUACGAACUCGGCUAAAUGUGGAGAAUCAAAUUCUCUAUAAAGAAGUGCAUGGACAGAUACAUGCAUGCAUGCAGGCCUGUUCACUUCUUAAAAAAGAGAAUGCCUUGACAAAGUUGGAUUUUUAACCUUUCAUAUGUGAUACUACUUCUUCCUUCACUGUGUGUGAAAUGUGAUACUACUUCUUCCUUCACUGUGUGUGAAAUUAACUCUAAUAUUUGUUGUGUAUUGUCCCUUGUUUACAAUCCCUUUACCUCAUUAUAAGAUAUAUAGGAACUCCGACAGUAGUAGACACCAUCUGAAUGAUAAUAGAUUGUUAUUAAUAUGUAAUGUUGGUAAUACUGUAAUUACUAGUCUAUUGUUUUAAAAAUGUAAAUCCCCCCCCCCCCCCUCCCCCAGCCCUUAAUUGGUGAAUAAUUAUUCGAUAUAGAGCUGAGGACAAUUCUGUUUAAUUAAGGCAUGUAUGUCUCAAAAUUCAGCCUCACCAACGAUCGUACUAACAGAUUGAUUCAUUGUUAUUAUUUAUUGGUCAUGGACUGCCGGUUUGCUUCAGCAUCAUUUUUAGUCCCUGCAUUUACUCAGUAAGUUUGUACUGUGCAGUAACACUCUGAUUUUCCCAUCUUCUCAUCUAUAAGAUGAUUUCCAUGGUAAUUAAGUCAUAUAAAUAUUUGUAAGUCCAGCUAUGGAUCCAGAUGGCAAACCUGAGGGGUUUUAAAGCCGGAAGGGCAAAAGUAGGAGGGUGCCCACUCCAGAUAUGGAGUUCAUGGGCCCUCCUCCCAGACUUUUAUAGAUUAUUCUGAUGAUACUUCAGGAUUUGUCAUACUAAAGGCCUGAAUGAAAAUUUACAUACCAGUAAUACAUUAAACAGAUUUCACAUCCUAUAGCCUUCUAUUUAUGUAUCGUGAAUACGGUACUCGGAAAUUUCUGCAUACAUUAAACAUAUGACAUUCAGUGAGUUCUGUACAAGGUCAGUCAAAUUGGAUUUUAAAAUCUGCCUUUGUUUAUUGCACACAAUGGGCAAUUAUCUUUGAAGUAUCAGUGAAUUUUAACUGCUUUGACAUUUCACAGACAAAUUGGAGACACAUACUAUAAUUUCAAGACAAUAGAACUAAACUUUUUAUAUAACUUUGAUGUUAGAAGAAAUUUUUGCAAAUAUAUUUUGCAUGUGAAACAGAACUUAAAAAGAAAAUAAUGUAAAGUAUAUGUCCAUGGUCCUCCACCCUAGGGUUCAUUACAAAAGGCCAGAGGUUUGAACUAACUCUCUCUCUCUCUCUCUCUCUCUCUCUCUCUCUCUCAUAGAUUUAAUUCAGGAUUGCAAAUAAGUUUUUAGCUCUUAUGAGCCUAAUUCAAAAUUCGUCCGUUCUCUGUCGUCGGUGUCGCCGUAAACUUUUCACAUUUCCAUUGUUCUCCAGAACCACUGCGUUUAUUUCAACCAAACUUGCCACAAAGCAUCCUUGGUGCAGGGCUUUUCAGUUUGUUCAAAUGAAGGCCCAUGCCCCUUUCAAAGGGGAGAUAAUCUCAAAAAUAGGAUGGAGUGAUUUAAAAUUCUUCUCUGAUUAAAGAACCACUGGGCCAGAAGAGCUGAAAUUUACAUGAAAGCUUCCUGACAUAGUGCAGAUUCAAGUUUGUUCAAAUCAUGGUUCCCAGGAGUAGGUUGGGGCCACAAUAGGGAAUCAAAGUUUUACAUGGGAAUAAAUAGGGAAAAUCUUUUAAAAUCUUCUUCUCAAGAACCAAUGGGCCAGAAGAGCUGAAAUUUACAUGAAAGCUUCCUGACAUAGUGCAGAUUCAAGUUUCUUCAAAUCAUGGCUCCCAGGGGUAGGUUAGGGCCACAAUAGGGGAUUAAAGUUUUACAUGGGAAUAAAUAGGGAAAAUUUUAAAUCUUCUUCUGAAGAACCAAUGGGCCAGAAGAGCUGAGAUUUACAUGAAAGCUUCCUGACAUAGUGCAGAUUGAAGUUUGUAAAAAUCAUCACCCCCAGGGGUAGGUUGGGGCCACAAUAGGGACCAAGUUUUACAUGCAAAUAUAUAUGGAAAAUCUUUAGAUAAGGGCCAAGGUGACACAGGUGAGCGAUGUGGCCCAUGGGCCUCUAGUUGAUUUUGGAAUACAAGAACGUGUACAUCACAGAUCUGUGUGUUACAAGCCAGGUUAUGGUGAAUGAAGUGUCUGCCUUUUGAAAGUGAUUAAAUCUGUGUAGUUAAGUAAAUAGAAGUGUUAGCAGACUGCAACUUACUAACUAAAUCUUAUUGAAAGUUGUGUGUCUGGGAAAAGUAUGUACAUUAUCAGAUUAUGGUUUAAAUAUGGUUGUAGACCUGUUGUUUUAACCACUAAAAUUUAUAUGAAAGACAAAUGACAUUUAGAAUUUAAUAGCAAAAACAGGCAAUCAGUGGUAAUAAAAUUAUUAAACAAAGAAUUCAAUUAGUUAAAUGAUAAAUAAAUUAUUAAAUAAAAAAACUACACACUGCACUGACAGACAUCAAACAAGUAACACAUCAGGUAGUAAUCAUUUGUCUGAUAUAUGUGCAUUUGGAAUAUUUGUACUUGUCAGAAGAUUUAUAGAAUCACUUUAUCAGAUUUUUUUUUUUACAACAUAACACUCAUUUUACCUAAUGAAAUCUACUUGUCCUUUGUCACGAAUAUGUACCUUCUUUAUUGGACAGAACAAGCAGGAAGUAAUGACAAAAAAUUAAGGUGCAUCUCUUCAUUGGUUAAACAACAUAUAGAAUGAUUGAGUCCCAAAAGCAUUGAAUUUAAGAUUUAUUGAUUUUACUGUGAUUUAUGCAAUUUUCAACACCAAGUAAACACACGUCCAGUCACAUGCGAGAUAAAGUUGAUAUAUAUAGAAUACCCAACAUUAACAUGAUACCUAAGUCCUCUGAUGAACCUAUGGAACGAUUUAGAAGAUUUUAUCUCGCCCAUUGCCAUUCUUGUGGAAAGUCUAAAGGAACUAGAGUCUCCUGUUGCCUGAGGUUUGCAUCUGGAGAGAGAAAGAAAGUUAAGAAUGAACAAGAAAUAUGUGCCUUGAAAACUUCCAUCUGCACAGAUCACCAUGGCAGCUGACUUGCUGGAAGAAGAAGAAGUUCUUCUUAGCAAUGUUUCAUUCCCAGUCAACUCUGAUUCUGAGGAUGACAGUGCCGUAAAGUCCACAAAAAUUGAACUACAGGAAUGUCAUCUUCGUAAUGCUCCGGUGGAGGAGGAUGGGAUACUACACAGGUCAGCAUGUGGCUCCAUCUAUGUGGUGUGCGCCUCCAUCAUGGCUUCUUUGGGAGGCGUGUUGUUUGGAUAUGACAUAGGUAUUAUAUCAGGAGCAGUCCUACAGCUGAGGGAUGAAUUUUGUCUCUCCUGUUCCUUCCAGGAAAUGGUGAUCAGUGCCAUGCUGAUGGGGGCAAUAGCAGGAUCCCUUAUUGGAGGAUUUUUGAUUGACAAGUUUGGCAGACGACUGACCAUCAUAGUCAAUACUGCUGUGUUUCUGGUGGGGGCUCUUGUUUUGGGAUUUUCACCUAACUACGCUGCAUUGAUCAUUGGUCGUCUUCUGCUAGGCUUCGCAGUUUCCUUGUCGGCAACAGGAGAGUGUAUCUACAUCUCAGAAAUAGCCCCUCCUAAAAGGCGAGGCCAGCUGGUGUCUCUGAAUGAACUUGGGAUCACUCUUGGUCUUCUAAUGGCGUAUCUAGUCAAUUAUUUAUUUAUUGAUGUCCCAGAAGGAUGGCGAUACAUGUUUAGUCUGUCGGCCAUUCCUGCAGCAAUACAAGGUGUGGGAAUGUUCUUCCUCCCUAAAAGUCCCCGAUACCUCGUUCUGAUGGGCAGAGAUGCAGAGGCUGAAGAUGUGUUAUUAAAACUGAGAGAUAGAAAGAAGAUACAAGCACACCGAGAACUAGAAAAGAUAAAAUCCUCCAUAAGCACGGAAAAGGAACACACAUGUUUAGACCUCUUCAGCUCCAGCGACAACAUGGCAGGUCGAAUGUUUAUUGGAGCAGGGCUGGUAUUCUUUCAACAGUGCACAGGACAGCCCAAUGUUUUAUACUAUGCCCCCACCUUAUUUGAAGGAAUUGGGUUUGAGUCUGACUCUGCAGCGACCUUAGCCACAGUAGGACUGGGAUGUGUCAAGGUGGUGAUGACUGUGAUAACCAUAUGCUGUGUUGAUAAGUGGGGCCGGAGGCGGUUCCUUCUGACUGGUGCCUCACUGAUGGGCGUGUCUCUUCUUCUCCUGGGAAUCAUCUCCCAUCUAAACGACCAUGUUUACGGUUCUAAUCCAUGCCAGGAAAGUGUUCGAUGUUCUGAAGCUUUAACCAAUGCCAAUUUUAACUUAACCAUGCCUUACACUACAACACCACAAAUGUUCGACAUGAAUGAAUCAUAUACAUUAUCAGAAUUAGAAUGGAUGGCUUACAUAAUGGACAAUUACACGAUUACGACAACAGAAGAACCCCAUGUACAUAUCCACGGAUCGACUCUGGGGAAAAUCGCGGCCUUCACGUCUCUGAUGCUUUAUGUGGCUGCUUUUGGAUUUAGUUUUGGUCCAGUGUCUUGGCUGAUUUUGAGUGAAAUCUUCCCAGCUUCAGUACGAGGACGGGCCAUUUCUCUUGCCACAGUGCUUAACUGGGGAACCAAUCUGAUUGUAUCGCUGACAUUUCUUGACAUCAUUGAAAAGAUUGGUGUGUCGUGGACAUUUGUGAUGUUUAGUGCUGUGUGUGGUGCUUCUGUCAUCUUCAUCUUUGUUUGUGUCCCAGAAACUCGUGGGAAAUCUUUGGAACAGAUCUCUAAAGAACUCAACAACAGAUCUCUGAAAUCUCGAAUCGCAGCCUACUGUAGAAGACUCCACUGUUGUGUACAGCCAUUCAGUGGUUCCCCUGCCAAAUUACCUAAUUACCACCGAGUGCAGAGCAGCGAGUCCUUCAAUGACAUCUCCUGAUCGAGUCCUUCCAUGACAUCUCCUGAUUGAGUCCUUCCAUGACAUUUCCUGAUUGAUUUCUUCAAUGACAUCUCCUGAUUGAGUCCUUCAAUGACAUCUCCUGAUGGAGUCCUUCAAAUACAUCUCCUGAUCGAGUGAAAUGUCAUUCAGAAGUGAUGGAUGCCAAAAUAAACUAACAUAAACAAUAACUAAACAAAUCCUAUGUUACGUUAUCAGUUGUUUUCCUUAGUUUUCAUUGAACAAUAUGCUACACUAAAAAGUAAAAUAUUUAUUUAAAUGUCAUGUGCCAUAUUACUUAGUUAUAUACACGUAACUACAAUAAAACUGUACGACGUGGUUUAUUUAUAUAUAUCACAAGAUUAGAGUUGUGAUCAGCUUUACAGAUAGAAUGGAUGUCACUUUUAAAAAAGAAUUUUCAUGUCAGAUAUGUAUACCAGUAGGUAAUGUAUGUAUGAAACAGGAUAAAGUUUUUGUUCUUUUUCUCUGUCCAGUAGAUAUUUAUAAUUUGUUUUUCCAAGAGUUAAUUUCAUGGUAUGCUUAGUUCACUUAUUUUAAACUGUAUCCCGAUUUGUGUCAAUACUCUUGUCUUGAUCUCCUUCUGCUUACAGUUAUACCCAUUAUGUUUUUGUUUCACUGAGAUUGUCUUUGAUCAGCAAUAAUCUUGCAUAAUAGGUGAUAUAAAUGUACAUGACGUAGCAGUGCUUAUUACAUACACGUGUAAUUGUGAUCGGAUGAGAAUUGUGAUAAAAAUAUUGUAUCCCGUACAUUUUUGUUGUAUACAUGUACUUUUCAGUGUUUACAGUACUGAAUAUGUAAGAUGUUGUGUUUGAAAAGAUGUCAUUUGUUACUGAUGAGAGAGGAUUAAAUGCAGCUGAAAUGCUCUACAUAUUGAAUUAUUGAUCAACUUUUUGUUACUUCAAACCUAGCAUGACCAUUUGUAAAGCAGACAUUUUUAAUUUUUUUAUUUAUGCAUGUCAUCUUCGUGUUCUUGGCUGCUUUAUAUUAUCCUCUGAAAUGUGUUCACUAGAUGAUCAAUUCUACAAAUUUUUUAUUAAUAAUAAAUCUACAUUAUACAAUGUAGUCAAUAUUUGUUGUUACGUGUAACUUUCAUUUAUUGGCGUGUCUACCACAGACUUCCAUCCUGUACCUUUGUUGAUACCCUAAUGUGGUUACAAAUAUUUCAUUUUAAUAUCAUAUAUUGACAAAACUCAUUAUUUUUAAUGUAAAUUGCUUUGGAAUUUUACAAUGCUUUGUAUUUGACAAUGUUCAUCAUGAUUUACUUUUAUUAAACAUUGUUACAAGUAUUGCAAUUUUUAAAAUGUACUUAAAAUUAAAGCAUUCUUUUACACUUUA